UGCGGGGAAGGCUCGGGCGGCGUGGAGGACGAGGGCGAGGCGGACGCCGGCUGGAUCGAGGGCGCCGCCAUCCUGCUGUCGGUGGUGUGCGUCGUCCUGGUAACGGCCUUCAACGACUGGUCCAAAGAGAAGCAGUUCCGGGGCCUCCAGAGCCGCAUCGAGCAGGAGCAGAAGUUCACCGUGGUCAGGAAAGGAAACGUCAUCCAGAUCCCCGUGGCCGACAUGACUUCCUCGUGCGGGGAAGGCUCGGGCGGCGUGGAGGACGAGGGCGAGGCGGACGCCGGCUGGAUCGAGGGCGCCGCCAUCCUGCUGUCGGUGGUGUGCGUCGUCCUGGUAACGGCCUUCAACGACUGGUCCAAAGAGAAGCAGUUCCGGGGCCUCCAGAGCCGCAUCGAGCAGGAGCAGAAGUUCACCGUGGUCAGGAAAGGAAACGUCAUCCAGAUCCCCGUGGCCGACAUGGUGGUGGGAGACAUGGCGCAGGUCAAAUACGGCGACCUGCUGCCGGCCGACGGGAUUCUGAUCCAGGGAAACGACCUGAAGAUCGACGAGAGUUCGCUCACCGGGGAGUCCGACCACGUCCGCAAGUCUGUGGAUAAGGACCCCAUGCUGCUGUCAGCUAAGAAGCAGGACGGGGGCGUUGCCAUGGAGAUGCAGCCCCUGAAGAGCGCGGAGGGCGGCGAGGUGGAGGACCGAGAGAAGAAGAAGACCAACGUCCCAAAGAAGGAGAAGAGCGUUCUGCAGGGAAAGCUCACCAAGCUGGCCGUUCAGAUCGGGAAAGCAGCCAAGAAGCAGGAUGGGGGCGUUGCCAUGGAGAUGCAGCCCCUGAAGAGCGCGGAGGGCGGCGAGGUGGAGGACCGAGAGAAGAAGAAGACCAACGUCCCAAAGAAGGAGAAGAGCGUUCUGCAGGGAAAGCUCACCAAGCUGGCCGUUCAGAUCGGGAAAGCAGGAGACGUGGACACCUGUUUCACCCCUCCAUGA